UUGCUAUUUUAGCUCGCAAUAGCUAAGACGCGCGGUAGUGAUUAAAAAGUUUUCAACGUAACCACUGAUAGUUAGAAGAUGCCCGCCAAAGUUAUAUCUAGUUUGGUAUCAAGUUUAUUGUGCUUCCAUCUGAUUGCAUUUUCCUGGCAACUGGAAAAUUCUGAGAGUGGAGACUCAUCUACCAGGCAAAAUUGCCCGACUUGUGCGUGUGGUGGUAUGAGCUCGGAUUCUCGCAUAAUUGGAGGCAACCAAAGCAACAUAAGUGCGUAUCCAUGGAUGGCAGCACUUUAUUACCAGGGCCAGUUCACGUGCGGUGGAAGCCUGAUUAAUGAUCGUUACAUUUUAACCGCAGCACAUUGUGUCGCCAGAUCGAGCGCUAAACAGUUCGAAGUGUUUUUACGACGAAUCAACAUUAGAGGUAGCAAUCCAGAGAUGCUUCAGAGAAAGGUAGAAUCAAUUACCCUCAACCAUUAUCAGGGAGGCAGAAUCAACAACGAUGUGGCUUUGUUACGUUUGACGGAGCCCGUUUCAAUCGAACCAAAUUUGGUGCCAAUUUGCCUACCCGAAGGAUCAGAUAGCUAUGUGGGGCGAGAGGCAAUGCUGAUUGGAUGGGGAACCACAGCCGAUGGAGAUUUGUCAGAUACGCUGCAGCAGCUAACCGUUCCAAUUAUGUCCAAUCAGGAAUGCAAGCGUUCCGGCUAUUUUCGUUUCCAGAUAACCAACCGCAUGAUGUGUGCUGGCUAUUUGGAUGGCGGACGGGACUCGUGUCAGGGUGACAGCGGUGGACCUUUGCAGCUGGUGAAUCCCUCGACCGGUCGGCACGAGAUAGUGGGAGUCGUUUCGUGGGGCAAAGAGUGCGCCCAGCGAAACUAUCCCGGAGUGUACGCACGGGUUACCAAGUUUGUCGCCUGGGCCAGAAGCAACAGUCGGGACGCGUGCUGGUGCCAAUAGUAAGGAAAGACGGGCUAAUGUGCGCUCCCUAAGGAAAGCACAAUUGUAACUACGAAUUUCAUCUAAAACUUUAUUUUAAUUGGGUUUACAGAGAAGUCGAAUAAAUGAGUUAGCAAUUACUGAAAAUA